GAAAAAUUACUCGUUGCUCAUUUAAAUGUCAAAUAUUGAUAGACCCGGAAAAACGAUAGCGACGGUAUUGUGUUUAUGAAUUAUUUGUAAUGAAGUAAUGUUCGAUUAAUAAUCAUUUUAAUUUAUAACAAUUCUAUUAAGUAACUAUUCUAGUUGGCAUUACAAAUUAUAUUUUUAACAAUGAUGCUUCAUAAAAUGAGUUCUAAAUUGUGUCGUUUGUGCGGUAAAGAAAAACAACAAGGUACAGAUGUAUUUAAAGAUAAAGUCAAAGGUGCUGUAUUAAUUUCGAUUAUUAAUAAAUAUUUCUCCAAAGAGGUUAUAAAUAUAUCCACGUCAGAUGUAUUCUCAAAGUACGUUUGCAUUGAUUGCGAACAAAAAAUUUGUAUAUUUGAUGAAUUUUGUUUAAUGGUCGCUAAUGUACAAAAGCAAUUAGCUGCACCUUCUUUAGAAAUUGACUUCGCUGAGGAUAUGUUGUGUCAUUUGAAAGAAAAUGAUAGCAUUGAGAAAUCCUCAAUGAACAAACAGGAUGUAAGAAAAUCUAUAUGUCCUAUAUGUACAAAAAGUUUUAGAUGCCAAGCACAUUUAGAAAGACAUAAACGUAUACAUACAGGACAGAGACCUUUUAUUUGUACGAUUUGUAGAAUGUCCUUCAAUCAACAAGAAAUACUUAUGAAACAUAUGGAAAGACACGAAGGAAAGAAACAAUUUCAGUGCGCUAAUUGUCAUCAAUCGUUCCGCUACAAAGUUUCUUUAAAUUCGCAUAUGAUCAACUUUCAUAUGGAUAUGGAUCAAUCUGUCAUACACGGUCAUGUAAUGCCUAUCGAUAGUAAUUCUUUUACGUGUUCAGAAUGUGGUAAACAAUUUGUAACAAAGUACAAACUACAGCGACAUUCCAGAUGUCAUACCGGUGAAAGACCAUAUCAUUGUACAUUUUGUACUAAAACAUUUUCACAAACAGGAAAUUUAAAAGUACACCAAGUUAAAUGUCAUCAGAUACCUGAGUCAUUAACGGAAAUAAGAGGACAACCUCAGAAUAAUACUCAAGUUAUGAAUCGCGACAUGUCAGCGCCUUUAAAUAAUUUUCAUGCGGUAUAUAUAUCAGAAAGUGAAAUACAAAAGACUAUAAAUGAAACAAUAAAUUCGACAGAUCCAAGUACAUCUUAUCUUAAUAAAAUGUAUGAAAAUCCUCUUUAUAUAGACGACGAAAUAGAAACGAUGCUGGAUCAUGAUCUUGGUCAAUUGGAACAGAAUAAAUUUACUACGAGUUCACAAGAUAAAGUAUCUCUUUGUUUAAAACAACCAGAGACUCCUGAAUUAUUGCAUAGUUUAUUGUACGACGAUUAAUAUGUAAUGUCAUUUAAUAUUAUCCUUGUAAAAUAGUCUCUAUAAUAAUUUGAUUGUAAUGCAAUAAUAUACAAUACUACAAGGUACAUAUGGAAUAAUGUACAACAUUAUAAAUACAUCGUAUGAUAGUUAUCAAAAAAAAAGAAGAAUGUACACAUGUAAUGUGUAUCGUUCCAAGUAUAAUAUGUAAACGAUAGAUUAUAGAAACAACUUGUUAACUUAGUUUCUGAUGGAAGUGUAUAUGAGAUAAGGGAAGGGAAAUGUCAAGGCAUGAUUACGACGAAUGAAUUAGGAUAGAUUGUAAGCUGCAAUAGUUGUAUAAAGGUGAAAAAGUUAGUGCAAGAUAGGGUGGCACAGAGAGCUGCAUCAAACUAGUCCAUAGGGACUGAUGACCCAAAUCAAUCAGAUUAUAAAAAGAAACUGUUCUUGUCUUGUUAUUUGUAUCUAUUAUACAUAUGUUAUUUUAUUUACAUUUGUUAUGUAUUAUUGAAUAUUUAUUUGUUAUUUUAAAGUUUUGAACAAUACUAUUGGUAUAAGAAGCGAUUGACUGAUCUAAUAAUUUUUUAUGCUUCAUAAAAAUCGUGUCUUUAAUAAUAAUACAAUCGAAAUGUACUAAUCAUUGUUAAAAAAAAAAAAAAAAAAAUAUAUAUAUAUAUAUAAAACUUGAUUGAAAAGAAUCUUUUCGUAUAAAAAGUGUUUACAUGGCACAAAAGAAUUCUUUAAAAAAGAUCUGCAUUACAGAAGUAUGUAAACAUUCUUCGCUCAUACGAUUUAUUUAGUUGCAUCACAAUUAUAUUAACAAAUACAUAUUGA